CUUUUGGCUCAUUGAGUCUGCGGUGUUGCAUUUUACACAGUGUGCUUCAAUUCAACUCCUUUACAAUCAGAGACUGACGAAUGUCCUGUCUUGUAUUCUGACUCCAGUCGCCCUGGUUUGGUGCAAAUUGGUGUGGACCUAGACACGUUGUAUUACUUUUGUUAGUCUGGGAGAUAGGACACAACACCGCUCGCCUGUCCUACCCAUGAGCGUUCAGGACCGCCUCCACGCGUAUCGUCAUCUCUAUCGAACCGCUCUGCAAGCUGUAUGCUACUCCCGUCCAGCACGCUACGAGAUUCGGGACAUACUUCGCGAGUCAUUCCGUUCUCCGGCCGCCACGGACUUCAAUCCGCGCAGGGUCGAGAAUACGCUGCGAUUUCUAAAAAAUGCCGGCACAUACAAUGGCUACGAGCAUAGAAUUCUCAAGAACCUGCUGCACCUGAAAUUUUAUUAUGGAAGGAGGUUCGACAAACGACUAUUGAGGACAGCGAACAACCACUAUGCUAUUCAGGCACGUCAGCAAAUCUGGCACCAGUAUCGGGCGACUCUGGCAAUGCUAAACGAAAGUAUGGACAUGUGUUUGGCUUUCUAGCAUCCAAAAAAAGGAAUCCAAUCCCGCUAUCCCAUAUGGCAGGUUGGCUACCGACACACCACUAGCCUUCUGUGCAUAAAUGUUUCUACCACCUCUUCGUGGUGGUGAGAAUGCGUGGUACGGCAAAUGCUAAGGAUGCCUGGGGCCAACCUACCGCCGUUGUCUACACUAUCUGAGCCAGGCCCUUGCUGUGUUAUUUGCUCAAAUGAGGCGUGUCCAAAGGUGUCCAAAUCUCCGCAUCUCCGUGCUCAUGGAAGUCCAGCGGCAGGAGAGUUGAAACGCACCUGCCGGUGAAGGAGCCGAGACCGCAUGUUGUUGGCUCUCAGGCGUGCCCUUCAACCCUGGAGCUGGUUGAGUUCUAUGCUCAACAACGGCAAUGGGAUGAUCUCGACACUGCCGCUGGCGAGUUUCUAGUCAAAUCCUGCCAUGUCCAAGCACGAGGUGUCUGGGCCACCUUCGGCACUCAACUUCCCAGUAUGCCUGCUGCAGGAGUCGGCGUAUGAGAGCCUGACAGACUGCUCGGUGUAGGAGGCCCGGAGGAGUACUCCACUGACACGCAUUUUGAUCCGUAACUUCUGCCUAUGACUACCUGGACCGAAUGUGUGCACCUAGGACACAAGGCCGUGUCCGCGGGAACAGGUCGGCGUACAGGAAACCGGUAAGUGCUGAACGCAGGGUAAUGCACUUUUCACAAUGAAUAUAUGUAUAACAAACGUUCAAAACUCGACUCCGGUUGUCCUUGUAUUAUCUCAGCACCAAGACUUGGCCAAAUUGCCCCCUGGCAUGUUUGAGAACCAUGGCCGAAUUGAUACAAUGCUUAACCCCGUAUAAGCCCACUGAUUUCCACAGAUACGCGAACUUCCAAUGGAUGACCGUUAAACUGCCUAUCUACUGAACACGGCAUGCAAAUUUUGAGAAGCGCCACAUAUGAGGCUGGUGCAUAUCUCUGUAAUGAGGUUGCACAAUCUCGAAUGGUGAGUCAGUACAGGGUCAUGAUAUCAUGGACUCAACCCCCUGCCACCUGCCAUGUAAACAACCCAGCAAUAUGGAUGGUAUGAAACAUACCGUCAGCAGCAUAGGGCCUCAUCGGCUGGCCACAUAUUGUUGCCUGUGCUGUGGUCACCAACAAGUUCAUGGUGUAUUUCCAGCAAAAAGUCAUUUUGACACGGAUUUGUUGAAAAGUCUUCCAAUUGUUAAGCAUGCCGGAACAAGUAACAGAGCUGCAACAACCCCCUGCCGCUCCCAGCCUUGCUCAAAACCGGUCGAGACUGAAGGACUUUGUUGCAUCCGUCGCAGUCAUCCGCGGCGAUCUUUCCAACAUCACAGCACCUCCUUUCGUGCUCGACACGAAAUCUGCAGUCGAGCUCCCGGCGUUCUGGGCCGAGCGGCCGGCAGUCUUUGUUGCUCCUGCUUCCUCUGAUGAUCCAGCUGAACGCGCCGUGCUCGUACUGAAAUGGUUCCUGGCAUCCCUACGCAACCAGCAAUAUGCAGGUCGCAGAGCGGACGAGGGUGUCAAGAAACCGCUCAACGCGUUCUUGGGAGAAUUAUUCCUGGCUACAUGGAACAGCGACGCCGCAGCUCGCUCCGGGCCAACCAGGUUAGGGACCACUAGGCUGGUCAGCGAGCAGGUCAGCCACCAUCCGCCAGUGACAGCGUGUCGAGUAUGGAACGAGGAGCAUGGUGUUUCGGCCGAGGGAUACACCCGCCAGGAGAUCACGUUCAGCACCACCAUGAACAUCCGGCAAUUUGGACACGCCACGUUCCAUCUCGCCAAGCACAACGAAACAUACUUGAUUCCGCUCCCAGAUGUCAAGAUCAAGGGUGUCUUCAGUGGCAGCCCGUACCCGGAGCUGCAAGGCACGUACCGCAUCCCGAGCACAAGCGGGAUCACAUCCUCCAUCCAAUUUGGCGGGACAGGUUUUUUGUCUGGCUUCGAUAAGAGCAAGCAUGCCUUCGAAGCCAAAGUAUAUCGUGAUGACGACGGUAACAGCGACGACGAGGCAGACAACAAACUACUAUACACAGUCAGGGGCAACUGGGACAGGGCAUUUACCAUCCACGACACCCGUAAGGGCGUCGACGUCGCAACAUUCGACGUUCGAACUGCAGCGACCACUCCUCUCACGGUAGACCCUCUGAGUGAGCAGGAUCCAUGGGAGUCGCGGCGAGCCUGGCGUGAUGUUCGGGAGGCAUUGGAACGAGGAAACAUGCAUGGCGCCGCAGAUGCCAAGUCAAAGCUCGAAAAAGGCCAGCGAGACAUGCGGAACCAUGAGGCGGCGGGCAGUCAGUGGAAGAGUCUAUUCUAUGAGAAGCAGGAGACCAAUGACCCAGUCACGCAACAGCUGGCACGCAAGAUAGGCAAGACGCUCGAUCCGGCUGAUACACUAGGAGUGUGGAAGUUUAGGCUGAAAGAGUGGCAGGACGGGAAGUUCAAGAAACCUUACCACGGAGCCCUGACUCCUGAUUGUACUAAUGUUUCGGGGAUUGAGAGAACGGCACAGUAAUCUGACAUUGCGCGACAUGUACACGUCAAGGAUAAAGAGCGGUCGAGACAGUCCGACACUGACGCCGUCAAUGGUGUCUCGGUAUCAUCAGCAACUCGAGGAAACAAUCAGGGAGGCGAGGUGUCAAACGCAGGCAAGCAACCGGAGAACAAGUCUGCUGACACCGCCGACGCUUCUCCUGCCUCGAGUCAACGAAGUGAUCAACCUGCUGCCCGACUUGACAAAGUCGACAGAGACGUAUCGGACGACAACCACGGCAUAGCGAACAGCACAAACAGCACCAGCAGCGGCCCCAGCAUGUCGGCAACAGAGAAGACCCAAGUGGAGGCGUUUUUGAGGCACAAGUAUUCGAGUUUGAGAUAGUUACCAUCGUCUAAGGGAUUCAUCAAUCGUAAUAUUUUUUUUCUUCCUUAUCCCGCAUCCAACUGCCACCAAUCGUAGACCUCUGGUGGCCAUUUAAGUACUAAAUACAGUAUUUGCC